AUGGCACUAUGUCAGAUAUGCCGAGUCGAGACGAGUAAAUACACAUGCCCCAAAUGCAAGAUUCCCUACUGCUCACUCAAGUGCUACAAGUCCACGCAGCACCAGCACCAUGAACAAAGUGUCGACGUCGAGCCAUCGCUGCCGGCUACAGACAUCGCCUCGACAACCACCAACGGAAGCAAAUUCGACCUGCUUUUGAAUAACGAAAAGAUCCAGUACUUGCUCAAACAGCCAGCGUUGCAGUUCCACCUCCUCUCGCUAAUCACGAUCCUCCAAGAUGGCUUCAUCCGCAACCUCAACCAUGAGCAGAAACUCGAGGUGAUGAAUCUCAAGCUCACUGAUCUACGAGCUGGUGGGAUCGAGGAGAAUGAAUUGGUGGAUGAGUUUGUCCAUCUCGUGCUCCAACUCACCGAGGAGCAGAAUGAACACCAAAGCUGA